UCCAUGAUGUCGUCCCUUUAGAUUAUGAUCAUUUGACUCUUCCAAGAAUAAAUGGAAAACCUGUUGAGGUUUCCGUAUCAUUAAGAAAUAUAAACAUAAGAUCUGUAGAUGAAAAUGAUAUGUCUUUUACAGUAUCUCUGGAAUUGUGGCAGAAUUGGCAGGACUUGCGCCUAACAUAUCCAAAGGGGUCUAAAGAGAAAUUCCAAAUAUUAGAUUUUGAAUGGAAGAAAAAAAUUUGGUCGCCAAAUUUAUAUUUUGUUAAUUCAAUCGACGGGAAGAUCAACAACAUUAUAACUCCCAACAGUUUCUUUUGGCUUUCUGAAACAAAGAAGAUAUUUUUCACCUGCAGAAUUGUUGUGAAACUGAUCUGUGAGAUGGACCUGCAUAAUUUUCCACAUGAUGAGCAAACAUGUGGUAUAAGGAUAGCCUCAGCGAGUUUCUCAAUUACAAAAAUUGUUCUAAAAUGGACGACUAAAAAUUACACAACUAGAGACUUCUACAGCUUACAUCAAUAUGAGGUAACUGAUGCUUUACGUGGAGAAUGCAUUGCCUCUGUGGGACCAAAUAACGCAUCCUGCUUAGAAGGAAGUGUUGUAUUAAGAAGAAGAAAUGGCUUUUAUGUCAUAAAUGUUUACAUCCCUACAAUACUGAUUGUUAUCAUGUCCAUGCUGACAUUUUGGAUUCCCCCAGAAGCUGUCCCAGCACGGGUGACACUAGGAGUCACAAGUCUCCUUACAAUCAUUACUAAGCAAUAUCAGGCGUCCAUGCCAAAUGUGUCAUACAUUGUUGCAUUGAACGUUUGGUUAUCUUCUUGCAUCGCUUUCGUUUUCUUCAGUCUUCUAGAAUAUGCAACUGCAAUCGCUCUUAUGACAAAAUCGAAAAAUUCGAGUACUUUCUCUACUGACGACGAUUCAGAGUUGAUUUUAGGAAUGAUUCUCUUAAAAUCUAAUGGUACCUGGUCAAGAGCCAAAUCGUCUUUUAAUUUAGUUACAGAGAAGAAAACUCGAUUGACUCCUCAGAAACUUGAUUAUAUUUCUAGAUUUCUAUUUCCCUUACUUUUCACAGUAUUUAGUAUUUCUUACUGGUAUUAUUAUGGAAUUUAGUUGGAAAAAAAUAAAUAUAUUUUCUACUUUUA